CGGUUUCCUCUUCAGAGUGCUUGUUGGCUGUGUGUAAGCUGGGCAUCUUUCUCACCCAAAAACCCUUCAAGUUCAUGUUUUACAGGAUCCGGAGAGUCCUUACACAACCACUGGUCCACUCUCUGAGGGAGCUGUUCUUGUUACGCAACACCCGAACACUAACCUCCAAAAUGGCUUUUCAGUAUCCGCAGGCUUACCGUGACGAUGCAGUUGUGGAUGACUAUCAUGGCUCCAAGUUACCAGAUCCAUACAGCUGGCUGGAGGACCCCGACAGUGAAAAGACGCAGGCCUUUGUCACUGCUCAGAACCAGCUGACGUUGCCGUUUUUAGAGCGCUGUGAGGUGCGAGACCUGUUCAAGGAGCGCAUGACUGAGCUGUAUGAUUACCCCAAGUAUAGCUGUCCUUUCAAGAGGGGGAGCAGGUACUUCCACUUCUACAACACAGGCCUACAAAACCAGAGUGUGAUGUACGUGCAGGAGAACCUGGAUGCCGAGCCCACGGUCUUCUUGGAUCCAAACACGUUUUCUGAUGAUGGGACAGUUGCCUUGCGAGGCUAUGCGUUCUCUGAGGAUGGGGAGUACCUGGCGUAUGGCACCAGUGCCAGCGGUUCAGACUGGGUGGAGAUCCGCUUCCUGCGGGUUGAAGACGCCGUGCCUUUGGAAGACCGCCUGGAGCGGGUCAAGUUUAGCUGCAUGUCCUGGACUCACGAUGGGAAGGGACUUUUCUACAACUCCUACCCCAAACAAGAGGGCAAGAGUGACGGCACUGAGACCUCCACCAACCUGCACCAGAAGUUAUACUUCCAUGUUGUGGGCACUCCGCAGUCUGAGGACGUGCUGUGCGCCGAGUUCCCCGACCACCCCAAAUGGAUGAGUGGAGCUGAGGUAUCAGAUGAUGGACGCUAUGUGCUGCUGUCUAUCAGGGAAGGUUGCGAUCCAGUCAACAGACUGUGGUACUGUGACCUCCAGACCACUCCUCAGGGUAUUACAGGACUUUUGCCAUGGGUGAAGCUAAUUGACAACUUUGACGCCGAGUACGAGUACGUGACCAACGAGGGCACGUUGUUCACAUUCAAGACCAACCUGGACGCCCCUCGUUACCGCCUCAUCAACAUCGAUUUUGCCUCUCCAGCUCAGAGCAACUGGAAAGAGCUCAUCCCUCAACAUGACAAGGAUGUUAUUGUGUUCGCCACCUGUACGUACUCCAGCUACCUGUUCGUGUGUUUCCUCCACGACGUGAAGAAUGUGUUGAAAAUGUACCGCCUGAGCUCGGGGGAGGAGCUGAGGACCUUCCCUCUUGACGUCGGCUCCGUGGUGGGUUUCACAGGACGCAAGAGGGACUCUGAGAUCUUCUACUACUUCACCUCCUUCCUCUCCCCAGCCAUCAUUUACCAUUGUGACCUGACUAAGGAGCCGCUGCAGCCCCACAUCUUCAGAGAGGUCACUGUCAAAGGCUUUAACCCUUCUGAUUACCAGACCACCCAGAUCUUCUAUCCCUCCAAAGAUGGCACUCAAAUCCCCAUGUUUAUCGUUCACAAGAAGGGCAUCAAACUGGAUGGCUCCCAUCCAGGUUUUCUGUACGGCUAUGGUGGUUUUAACAUCUCCAUCACGCCAAGCUACAGCGUCUCCCGACUCAUCUUUGUCAGACACCUGGGGGGAGUCCUGGCUGUUGCCAACAUUCGAGGAGGAGGAGAGUACGGGGAGACUUGGCACAAAGCUGGCAUGUUGGCCAACAAGCAGAACUGCUUCACAGACUUCCAGCUUGCUGCUGAAUAUCUCAUCAAGGAGGGAUACACUUCUCCUUCCAAACUGACUAUAAAUGGUGGCUCCAAUGGUGGCCUGCUUGUAGCGGCCUGUGUGAACCAGCGGCCCGAGCUGUUCGGCUGUGCUGUAGCUCAGGUAGGCGUCAUGGACAUGUUGAAGUUCCACAAGUUCACCAUCGGCCACGCUUGGACCACAGACUUUGGCUGUUCUGAAAAAAAAGAGCAGUUUGACUGGCUCAUCAAAUACUCCCCGCUCCACAAUAUCCGCAUCCCAGAAGGAAACGGGGUCCAGUACCCUGCGGUGCUCCUGCUGACAGGGGACCACGACGACCGGGUGGUGCCUCUCCACUCACUCAAAUACAUCGCCACUCUGCAGUACAUUGUAGGCCGCAGCCCCAAGCAGACAAACCCUCUGUUCAUCCUCGUGGACACAAAGUCGGGCCACGGCGCCGGCAAGCCCACCAGCAAGGUCAUCCAGGAGGUGGCUGACACCUACGCCUUUAUUGCUCGCUGUCUCAACAUCUCCUGGGUCAAAUAACCUGCUCCUUCCAUUGGAGUGUGUGUGUGUGUGUGUGUGUGUGUGUGUGUGUGUGUUUUGUUUUGUUCUCAAAUCAUCUUUGGAAUACUGUUCAUACCAGCUGUUCACACAUUAUUUGUAACUUUACAUUUACAUUACACACAUUUAAAUUUUAAUAUAAGUUUACCCGGCUUCCGUUACAUUAUAUAUAUAUAUAUAUUUUUUGGUCUUGUCUUUGUUUAUUUACGUCCCUCCCUCUAUUCCCCUCCUCACAAGUCUAAGCCAACAUACAGCACUCACAGCUAACAUACCCUCUCCUGUAGGUCCUGUUUGUAGUCCUAAUGAGAUAAAAGAAGGACUACAUUAGUGAUGGACGUGUAAAGGGAGGGGGUACCUUCACGGUUACAGUAAUCAGCCAAUCAGCAGUUACAGUCAUGAGGUUAAAGUGGCAAAAGUGUAUUUGAAGAUCAUUUCUGAGUCCUCUGGGUGCUUCAACACGAUGCAUAUUAUUUAUUUUUUUGUUUGUGCUCAGAAUGGAGGCUGCGGGAUGUCGAAUGAAUUCAGCAUGUACAAUUCUGAACAAGACCGUGUAGUGCAAGUGAUUCUGCAAAAUCGACAGUAUUGUUGUGGACGUGAGUUUAAAACUUGCAAAAAAAAAAAAAAAAAAAACACUAGCGUGCAUGUGAAACGGUGGUGAGUGUGUGUGAAAGAGAGUGUGUGUUUGGAUGUCAGUCCCCACAUUUCUUUCAGACUGAUAAUGAUUUCUACCUCUUGACAUGUGCUGAUUGUUUGCCUUUUAAAGGGAACAAAACACAAUGCCACAAUUACAAUAAACAACUUUUUAAACAGUGA